UCGCCACCAUUAUCCUCGUCAACCGAUCCAAUUUCCAUCCCCAUCCCAGCUCUCCACGACGGCCGGCGACAAUAUGGAUGUCGCCGUCGCCGCCGCCCUGGUUCCCGCCCGGACCCCAGCCCUCCGUCUCCCCGCACCCACCACCGCCUCCCGCCCCUCCUCCGUGUGGCCCCUCACCCCGACCGCCGGCCGUCCAGCUCGGCUCCUCUCGCUCGCCCGCCGCGCGCCUGUCGCCGCCGCCUCCCUUGGGCUAUCCCAAGAUACAGGGGUUGCGAUGCCCGGUGCCAACAUUGUUACCCAGAACGAUCUACUCAUCGUUGGCCCAGGUGUGCUUGGGCGACUGGUAGCCGAGAAGUGGCUAAAGGAACAUCCAGGAUGCAAAGUUUAUGGCCAGACCGCAAGCACAGACCAUCACAGCGAGCUAACCGAUAUUGGCAUCAUUCCCUCCUUGAAGGGAUCCACUAUCUCUCAAAAGGCUCCAUAUGUUAUUUUCUGUGCACCCCCAUCUCGUUCUGAUGAUUACCCUGGCGAUUUGAGAGUGGCUGCCUCAAAUUGGAAUGGAGAAGGUUCUUUCCUGUUUACGUCGAGUACUGCUCUUUAUGACUGCAGUGACAACAGAUUGUGCAACGAGGAUUGUCCAUCUAUUCCUGUUGGCAGGGGUCCUCGUACUGAUGUUCUUCUUAGAGCAGAAAAUGUUGUUCUGGAGGCAGGAGGCUGUGUUCUCAGGCUAGCAGGACUUUAUAAAAUAGAUAGAGGUGCUCAUUAUUUCUGGUUGAGGAAGGGAACACUGGACUCACGACCAGAUCAUAUUAUCAAUCAGAUCCAUUAUGAGGAUGCUGCGUCCCUUGCAAUUGCCAUUAUGAAAAAGAGACCUCGGGGUCGUAUAUUUUUGGGCUGUGACAAUAAGCCUCUUUCCAGGCAAGAAAUAAUGGACGCUGUUAACAAAAGUGGGAAAUUCGACACGGAAUUCCACGGUUUCACUGGUACCGACGGUCCAUUGGGGAAGAGGAUGGAGAAUUCGAAAACCCGGGCCGACAUUGGGUGGGAGCCCAAAUACCCAAGCUUCACAGAGUUUCUCGGCGUCGACAGUUAGUACCCGGUCGCACACGUUGAGCAAUUCUUCUUGUUACCCUGAGUGAAUAGCAGCAUCAAGGGGAUCAUACGGAUGUGCUGUCGUAACACCAGGUUUUGUUGCCCCAGCACAGCAGUUCUAGAAACCUUGCAAACACUGCACAAUAGUGUUAUAGCGGUGUAUAUUUGUUCUGCUAGGUGGUCAUCCUCUGUUUGAUUUUCUGACACACUUGUUGCGUUCGUCUAUCCGUCCGUUUCCUUUCGGUCC